CUCCCCCCCGGUCUCGCUGACCGUGGUGUGGGUGUGCGUGCUAGCGGCAGCUAGCGGUCUGCGCACGGCUCACUAGCUAGCAAUGGCGCUGCGGGCUGGCCAGCUUCUCCCUCCGUGUGUGCUCGCGCUGUCUUUGUUGUUGCUCGCCAGCGGCCCGCGGCUCGCGCUCUGCUGCCCGAGUCGCUGUUUGUGCUUCCGAACCACCGUGAGAUGUAUGCAUCUGAACCUGGACACCGUGCCGGCUGUGUCGCCGCAGACCACCAUUCUAGACCUGAGGUUCAAUAAAAUCAAGGAUUUACAACCAGCCUCCUUCAGACGACUAAAGAACCUCAACACACUCCUCCUCAACAACAAUCAUGUACAAAGGAUCCCCAGGGGGGCGUUUGAAGACCUGGAAAACCUCAAAUACCUCUAUUUGUACAAGAAUGAAAUCCAAUCAAUUGACAGACAAGCAUUUAAGGGGCUUGUCUCUCUUGAGCAACUGUACCUGCACUUCAACAACAUCGAGUCUCUGGAACCACAAUCAUUCACUCACCUUCCAAAGCUGGAACGACUGUUUUUGCACAACAACAGAAUCUCCCAGCUGGUCCCAGGAACCUUCUCUCAUCUUCAGGCCAUGAAGCGACUGCGGCUGGAUUCCAACGCGUUAAACUGUGACUGUGAGCUGCUGUGGCUGGCCGACCUGCUGAAGCAGUACGCCGAGUCGGGCAACGCUCAGGCUGCUGCCACCUGUGACUACCCGAGCCGCCUGCAGGGCCGAUCGGUGGCGACGCUCACCGCAGAGGAGCUCAACUGUGAGGUACCGAGGAUCACCUCACAGCCCCAGGAUGUCGAUGUGACAUCUGGCAACACUGUCUACUUCACCUGCAGGGCUGAAGGCAACCCCAAACCACAGAUCAUCUGGCUCAGGAACAACAAUGCUCUGAACAUGCGCGAUGACAGUCGGCUGAACCUGCUGGAGGACGGGACGCUGAUGAUUCAGAACACCAGGGAGACGGACCAGGGAGUCUACCAGUGCAUGGCCAAAAAUGUGGCUGGCGAAGUCAAGACUUCACAGGUCACGCUGCGAUACUUUGGAGCCCCCUCACGGCCAAGUUUUGUGAUCCAGCCCCAGAACACUGAGGUGCUGGUGGGAGAGAGCGUGACCCUGGAGUGCAGCGCCACGGGCCAACCACAGCCCCGGGUGACCUGGACCAAGGGGGACCGCACACCCCUUCCCAACGACGCCCGCAUCAACACCACCCCCUCCGGAGGGCUUUAUAUCCAGAACGUGGACCUGACGGAUGGGGGACAUUACACCUGUUUUGCCUCCAACAAUGUUGAUACCAUACACGCUACAGCGUAUAUCAUUGUACAAGCGAUCCCCCAGCUCACUGUCAGUCCACAGGACCAGUCAGUCCUGGAGGGUCACACGGUGGACUUUCCCUGUGAGGCUAGUGGUUCCCCCCAGCCGGUGAUUGCUUGGACCCGUGGGGGCAGUCCGUUACCCCUAGACCGCCGGCAUGUGGUCCUGGCCUCCGGCACUCUCCGCAUCACUCGCGUGGCGGCCCACGACGAGGGCCAGUACGAGUGCCAGGCGGUCAGCCCCCUGGGGACUGUGCGCUCCGCCGUGCAGCUCAGCAUCCAGCAGAGAGUAACGCCUGUUUUCACAAAUGCUCCAAGGGACCUGACGGUGGAGUCUGGCCAGGAUGUCCAGAUUCCCUGCAGCGCUCAGGGCCAGCCACAACCUGUCCUCACCUGGAACAAGGACGGUGUGCAGGUGACUGAGAGUGGGAAGUUCCACAUAAGUCCCGAGGGUUAUCUAGAGGUAAAGGACGUGGGCACUGCUGACGGCGGACGCUACGAGUGUGUCGCUCGCAAUCCCAUCGGCUAUCAGGUCGCCGGCAUGGUGCUCACUGUCACAGUCCCUGCAGUCAGCAGGGAGGGCGACCCCUUUGUGAGCACGUCCAUCGAGCAGGCCAUCCGCAAUGUGGACAGCGCCAUUGAGUCGACGCGGAGACGCCUCUUCGAUGGUCAGCCUCGUACGCCAGGAGAGCUGCUGGCACUCUUCCGGUAUCCACGUGACCCCUACACGGUGGAGCAGGCCCGUGCCGGGGAGAUCUUUGAGCAGACUCUUCUGCUCAUCCAGAACCACGUGAACCAGGGUCUCACCGUCGACACCAACGGCACCGCAUUCCGCUACAACGACCUGGUGUCCCCUCACUUUCUGGACGUGAUCGCCAACCUUUCGGGCUGCACGGCCCACCGUCGCUUCAACAACUGCUCCGACAUCUGCUUCCACCAGAAGUACCGCAGCCACGACGGCACCUGCAACAACCUGCAGCACCCCAUGUGGGGCGCCUCGCUCACGGCCUUCGAGCGACUCCUGAAGUCGGUCUACGACAAUGGCUUCAACCUCCCGAGGGGGGCCACCGAGCAGCAGCACAACGGAUACAGGCUGCCGCUGCCGAGGUUGGUGUCGACCGCCAUGAUUGGAACGGAGACCAUCACUCCUGACGACCGCUACACCCACAUGCUGAUGCAGUGGGGCCAGUUCCUGGACCAUGACAUGGACUUGACAGUGGCGGCCCUCAGCCAAUCGCGGUUCUCCGACGGUCAGCUGUGCACUCAGGUAUGCACCAAUGACCCGCCAUGCUUCCCGAUCCAGUUCCCGGCCAAUGACCCCAAGCAGCUGAGGAGUGGCGCCCGCUGCAUGUUCUUUGUCCGGUCCAGCCCCGUGUGCGGCAGCGGGAUGACCUCUCUCCUGAUGAACAGCGUGUACCCCAGAGAGCAGAUCAACCACCUGACCUCUUACAUCGAUGCUUCAAAUGUCUACGGCAGCUCGCGCCACGAAUCUGAGGAAAUUCGAGAUUUGGCCAGCCAAAGGGGUCUGCUGCGCCAAGGCAUCAUCCAGCGGACGGGCAAGCCUCUUCUGCCCUUUGCUGCCGGACCUCCCACUGAGUGCAUGAGAGAUGAAAACGAGAGUCCAAUCCCUUGCUUCUUAGCUGGCGAUCACCGCGCCAACGAGCAGCUGGGUCUGACCGCCAUGCACACCGUGUGGUUCAGAGAACACAACCGGGUAGCUACAGAGUUACUGAGACUCAACCCCCACUGGGACGGGGACACCAUCUACCACGAGGCCAGAAAGAUCGUGGGGGCCCAGAUGCAGCACAUCACCUACAAGCACUGGUUGCCAAAGAUCCUGGGGGAGGCCGGCAUGAAGCUGAUCGGCCCAUACACCGGUUACAACCCCAAUGUCAACACCGGCAUCCUCAACGCUUUCGCCACGGCUGCGUUCCGCUUCGGGCACACCCUCAUCAACCCGAUACUCUACAGGUUGGACGAGGACUUCCAGCCCAUCCCCCAGGGACACAUCUCCCUGCACCGGGCCUUCUUCUCCCCGUUCCGCAUCGUGAACGAGGGCGGCAUCGACCCGCUGCUUCGCGGGCUCUUUGGUGUCGCCGGCAAAAUGCGGGUCACCACGCAGCUGCUGAAUACGGAGCUGACUGAGAGGCUUUUCUCCAUGGCACACGCUGUGGCUCUGGAUCUGGCUGCCAUGAACAUACAGAGGGGAAGGGACCACGGUAUACCACCGUACAAUGAUUACAGGGUCUUCUGCAACCUGACCUCGGCUCAGACCUUCGACGACCUGAGGAACGAAAUUAAGAAUCCUAACGUCAGAGAGAAGCUGCAGAGGUUGUAUGGCAGUCCUAUGAACAUCGACCUGUUCCCCGCUCUGAUGGCUGAAGACUUGGUCCCCGGCAGCAGAGUGGGGCCCACCCUCAUGUGUCUGCUGGCAACCCAGUUUAAACGGCUGCAGGAGGGAGACAGGUUCUGGUAUGAAAACCCAGGCGUAUUCUCUCCCGCCCAGCUGACACAGCUGAAGCAGGCUUCUCUGACGCGGGUGCUGUGCGACAACGGGGACAACAUCACACGCGUCCAGCAGGACGUUUUUAGGGUGGCCGAGCUUCCCCACGGCUACGGGAGCUGUGACGACAUCCCUCACAUUGACCUGCGCAUGUGGCAGGACUGCUGUGAAGACUGCAGAACCAAGGGUCAGUUCAACGCUCUGUCGUACCACUUCAGAGGACGCAGGUCCGCUGAGCACAGCUACAAAGAGCAGACGAGCUCACUGGAGAAAGCCGGACCAAGAAUUGUAAACGUUACUGAGACCUCCAAAGAAACCGCUGAACCGUCAAUCAACGACUUCCAGGACUUUGUGUCUGACAUGCAGAAGACAAUCACAAGUUUACGAAAGCAGAUCAAAAGACUCGAGACCCGUCUGAGCAAGACCGACUGCACCGACAGUGAGGGACGUGAGCGCAAGGACGGAGAGCGCUGGAAGCAGGACUCCUGCACCAUCUGUGACUGCAGAGACACCCAGAUGACAUGCUUUGUGGAGUCUUGUCCACCAGCUGAGUGCAAACGGCCCGUCAAGCUAAAAGGCUCCUGCUGCCCGGUGUGCCACCAACUGGCCACCAAGCCGCCUCAAGUGGACCCCCCCCACGAAUAAUCCUCAGGACCUCCCGCCCUCCCACACCUGACCAACAUACUGCAGUGGCUGAAAGUCACACCCAGAUAAACCCAGAGAUCAGAUGGGACUCAUGAAGGUGUGUCGAUCCACAGCCACCAAUCGCCUGUUUUUGUUUUGUUUCAUUUUGUAUUCUUCUUCGUUAAGGGGGGAGGGGAGGCCAUUUCAUUUUUUGGGUGGUCGUUGCACCAGGGACAGUGGCCUUAGGCGCGGUUUAUAUUGUGGCCAGUGAUCAUUAAACGGAUGAUGUUCUGAACCCAUGGGCAGGCAGGAGGAUUGUUAACCACCGAUGGACAGAGGUCUUCUCCUCGCCGGGGGCCCCCGGAGGCCCCCGGGGCUCCUGAGGUGUAACCCGCCCGUAACACGUAGUGACGAAACGCAGGGCCACAUGCCGUCGACCAGCAGGGAAGGGAAGUAGAUUGUCUCAAUAAGUUUCUCAGGUUAGAGAUGCCAAAAACUGGUGCUAUUUCCCCCCCUUUUUAUUCAUGAUUUUAAUCACUAAAUACAAACUUUAGGUAUUGUCUUUUGUACGCAAAACAACCUAUAAACGCUCAGUAUAUGCCUUUUUAUGAUCACAAUUGAGAGGAUGGUUUCCUUCAAACUAAACUUUUUAUAAUUAGAUUUACUUCAUCUUUUACUCAUGGUGCUUUUUAUCAAGUCAUGCAUUUGUUUUUUCCCCGCUCCUUUUUACACAAAACGCUUACAUAUGAAGAUAAUGUGAAGCCCUAGGAACAUGUUCUAAAUGCAAAAGACGUGUCUACUGAUCACUGCUCCUCUUUCCAUGGACAACUUGUUGGUGGACUCUGCUGGCCUGUCCUGAACUUGAGUGAAGUGGAGACGCGGGGACACUCACACCACCUCUUGCACUGUUGUGCUCCUUUCCAAGUUUCAUUUUGAAAGCAGUGAAAGAUGCUCCAUUUUUUUACCACUGUAAUGUUGUGAACUUUGACCCAGUAUUUUCCUCGGCCUCCUAAAGCCAAAUGUAUGAUGUGGAUCUUUCUAAAGUGUGUAUCUGUGAAACUACGUCUGAAUGUUGAGAUGAGGUUAGGACGUAGCCGUUCUUUUCCAUGUAUAGUCUCCAGUCCCCCGACUACACGCGACUGAAGGACUGCGACCACACUGCAGCUGUCCUGUUCCUGCUGAGACGAGGACACGCUCGCACGCCUUCCUUUGUCCAGCAUCCACUCCGCCUCCGCCUUCUCCCACGUCAGCAGUUUUUUUUUUUUUUUUUCCUCCUGUGUUCAGCGCUUGGAUAUUUCCCCGCGCGGUGUUGAAAUAGUUGAAUGCUGGUCCCGCUCAGGUUUCCAUGUGGGGGGAAAUUAAGUGUGCUUCCUGGGGUGACGUCGUUCGGGUGGCUUGGGUGGAGCGCGGUCCGCCGACGCUGACCCUCAUUCCGCUGUAAUGGAAGCCAUAUGAGAGGGGAGGCGUGGGGGGGAGAGGGCCGCUCAUGGUUGGGAUACAGUGUCAAAACUAGUCUCUGGUGGUGCCAAUGUGAGAUGUACUGGCCCCCGUCAGCCGGCCCUGAACUCUGUUCCUGUUUGGCUCCUGGUUAUGGUGAAGAGGCUGCAGCCACAGUCUUCCCUUCCAUUGUUUUCUUUAAGAAGCGAGCAGCUGUAACCAAACAGAGGAAAUACUCUCCAGAAUGUUGGAUGUUGUACUUGUCAAUUGGUAUCAUAUCAAAUGUUUAAACAAACUGCACCGGUUUGUGCCUCAAACUGUGUUUACAUCCCUUUAAGCAUUACUUCCUGAAUGUGGCUCUUCCAGCAGCGCCUACAUGUACACGUCUUGGUGUGCCACGGUGUGGACGUCUCAAUGGAAUAAAUAUAUUUUCAUAUAUUUCCAUCAACAUUGUGUAUGAAUAAGUGUCUUUCUUAUUUGCAGGCUUUAUGCAUUUUGGCCAGAGUCCCAAGGUUCCCCUGUCAAAGCACUGUGCGCUCUCUAAGUUACUAGUCUUCAUAUUCAUAUAUCUUGAAUUAAUUACAUUUUUUUUGUUUCUUUUUAUUUCCACCCCCAAAAACCUCCCCAAGUGUUAAUGCAAUGCACUGCAAGACUGAACACGCCUUACCUACAAUGUGGAUAUAAUAGUACCUAUCAUGACAUGUGUAUUGUACGUUUGCCAAAGAAUGGUUUGCACUGUAAUGUAUGCCUCUCGACAGUAAGAAUAAAUAAAUCAAUAAGCCACAUUUGAAUGAG